GCCAGAGAACCAGGGGCAGCUGAGGGAGAGCCGGAGUGGGGGCGCCGCGGGGCACGAUUCCCAGUGUCGGGUUGCAGGUGUUAGAGAGGCCGAUCCCCGCUUCCCUCCGGCUCCCACCGUGAUGCGGGGCGGACAGGCGAGGUGAGGAGGCCGGGGGGGAGGGCUAGCUCACCGGGCCUGGGCCGCACACUGAGAGGGAGAAGAGCCGCAGCCUGACACGAAGCAUUAACUGCGGCCCCCCCAUGAGCCUGGGACAGGCGCCCUACCCCGGCAGCUGCUAUAAGACCCUCUGUGCUGCCCUCCUCGGGGGCAGGAUUACAGUGCCCCUCUGCAGAGGGGGCAGAUCUGCAGCCACAGGAUGUUCAUGAAUAAAAUCUUCCUGUGUGUUUGUGAAAUAAAUGUUAUCGGCGCGGAUGAAGAACAAGAUAUUUAAAUUCCACUUUCAUGGAAAAAGGGGAACGAGACUGGGAGUUGUGACAUCAUGAAAUCUCCAGGAACCUUUUCUUCGUCUUGGAUACAGAUUAUUAGAAGGUUACAGUAAAGCAGAAAGAAUGUUGCAUAUAAAUGGUAAUCUACUUUCUGUUACUCUCACUGGGAAUGGUGCCCCCCCCAUUGGAGGCUGUUAUGGUAAAUUAUAAAGCUGUUUCUCAUUCAGGUGGCCGCGUAUUGGUGGACUGUGCUAUUCCACAGCAAAAAGGACUCAUAGCUUCCUGAGCCGAUUGUCGUCGUAGAUCAAAGGUGUAUAUUUUUCAUCCGUAUUUCACUUGGAGACAAGAAUGGAUCGCGGAAAAGAAGAGAAAUUCUAUUGAUCUGGUAACGGACUAAAGCAGUAUUUCCACCAAAUGCCCUUUGUACAGUUGGCAGAACCGUACCGCGUCGGUCCACUUGGAGUCAUGCUUACAUACGGCACGCCAGCACCCUCUUUCUGUUGAUAUCUCGGAAGCUUUGCAAGCAAAAAAAUGAAUGGAGGAAAGGCGUGUGAUAGAGGAGACAACGAUGGGGUCGCGGCGGCGGUGCAGGUUCCCGUUGGCUGGCAGCGGCGGGUGGAUCAAAAUGGCGUGCUUUACGUUAGCCCCAGCGGUUCCCCCCUGUCAUGCCUGGAGCAGGUCAAAGCCUACCUUCUUACAGAUGGAACCUGCAAGUGUGGGUUGGAGUGUCCACUAAUUCUUCCUAAGGUGUUUAACUUUGACCCCGGAGCUGUUGUGAAGCAGAGGACAGCAGAAGAUGUUAAAGCUGAUGAAGAUGUAACGAAAUUGUGCAUCCAUAAGCGGAAGAUCAUCGCUGUAGCUACACUUCAUAAAAGCAUGGAAGCACCGCACCCGUCGCUGGUCUUGACAAGUCCAGGCGGUGGAACAAAUUCUGCUCCUGUGGUGCCUACUCGUGCAGCAACUCCAAGGUCGAUUAGGAAUAAACUGCAUGAAGGAGUUGUGAAUUCCUCUCUGCCCGAAUGUAAAAACCCGUAUAAACUUAUGGUCAAAGAGCACGUUGGAGGUCAGCCACAUGAACUGCAUUCUGCUUACCCAAGGUCACGAUUAGGUAGCAGUGAACAUGGCCAAAAGUCGCCAUUCCGCGGGGGUCAUGGUGGAAUGCCAAGUCCAGCUUCAUCGGGAUCGCAGAUAUAUGGUGAUGGAUCGAUAUCUCCACGGACAGACCCGCUGGGAAGCCCUGAUGCAUUUGCAAGGAACAACUUUCAUCUACCGCCUAAUUCUAGUCCGAUUCAUGCUAACCGGACUCCAAUAUCUCCGCAGUCCCUAAUGUUGCAUGGUUCACCAAUGCAGUCGUCUUGCGCGAUGGCUGGAAGGACUAAUAUCCCUUUGUCCCCCACUUUCACUAGCCCAGUAUUAAAGAAGACCAUGUGUAACUAUUCAGCUAACAUGGAUAUGCCACGGCCGAUGUUUCAUCAUAAACCGACACAAGCUCACCCUCCGCCAUUGCCACCGCCUCCACCGCCUUGUGCUCUUCAGAAAAAGCCAUUGACGUCUUCAGAAAAAGACCCCCUUGGUAUCCUCGACCCCAUUCCCAGUAAGCCGGUAAUCCAGAAUCCUGUCAUCAACGCAAACUCAUUUCAUUCAAAUGUUCACGCUCAGGUACCUGUGAUGAAUGUAAACAUGCCACCUGCCGUCGUUCCUUUGCCAAGCAAUCUUCCUUUGCCAACUAUCAAACCUGGUCAUGUGAACCAUAGUAAUCAUGUUCAAAGAAUUCAACAUCCGGCUUCGACUUCCCUCUCACCGUCACCGGUGACCUCCCCGGUUAAUAUGAUGGGACCGGCUAUGGGAAGGAUCGAGGCGUCCCCCCAAAGAUCACGCUCAUCUUCCACGUCUUCGGAUCAUGGGAACUUUAUGAUGCCUCCUCUAGGAGCGCAGCCUGCGUGUGGUGGGAUCAAAGUUCCGGCAAAAUCACCAAGGUCCAAUCUGGGCUCUCCGAGGCCAUCAAUGCCAUCGAGUCCAUCUACUAAGCCCGACGCACAUCAUCAGUUCAAAGACAUCCACAACCCAUUGGUAGCUGGAAUGAACAAUGUGUUAAAUCCCCCAAACAGUGCUGUAUUUGCCCCUUCCUCCGUUGGCAAUGCCCCAUUGAAGAGUCAGACAGGUCUGCUGGGAAUGCCAUUAAACCAGAUAUUGAACCAGCACAAUGCUGCCUCUUUUCCAGCGAGUAGUUUACUUUCAGCAGCAGCCAAAGCACAGCUAGCAAAUCAAAAUAAACUCGCUGGUAACAAUAGCGGUAACUCCGGACCUGUUGUCGGUUGUGGCAACGGUGAUGGGACUAGCACUUUAAACCCCAUGUUUCCGCCUGCUACCAAUAUGCUUCUGCCGACGGGAGACGGGCAAAGCGGUCGAGCCGCCCUGAGAGAUAAGUUGAUGUCUCAGCAAAAAGACCCCUUAAGGAAACGGAAACAGCCGGCUGCUGCGGUGUUGAAUUUAUUGAAACAAUCGCAAGCGGACAAUGCUGGAAUCCAAAAGUCUGGGCCAGAUCUAAUGAGAAAGCAAGGGCAAAACUCAUUCCCCGUGAACUCCAUGUCACAGCUUCUCCAAAACAUGAGUUGUCAAAACACUCAUAUGAACAGCAAUAGUACCCCGGGUUCCGAGAACCCCAGUUUAGUCAUGCCUUGUCCUCCCAAUCAGCUUAAUUUUCCGGAAAACAAUAUAAACUCCUCUGCACUUCAUAGUUCGCUGGCGCACAAUUUACCUCUUCGAGGUGAUGGCGUUCCCUGCCAGAAUCCGAACUUUGUCCACGGGGGCGCUCCCGUUCCCAACAACCACCUCCCUGGCCCAAUGAAUCCGGUGCCCAGCGGCGGCGCCUACGGGAUGGCAAAUCACACGGGUGUUGCCGUAGGGGGCUCUUUACACCUGAACCCACCCCAGCCGCGAAUGCAGACGUCAUCCAUGCCAAUGAUCGCCAACAGCAUUAACAGCUGCAGUCAAAUGAGUUCCGAUGCAGGGAUUCCAGUCCCUUUGUCAUCUGUCGCAAUCGCUGGCGCGGGUCAUCCGGCAAUGACGAAGACCACAUCCGUUCUUCAGGACGGUGUAAUAGUCACUACUGCUUCUGGAAACCCGCCGCAAAACCAAGUCCCUAUGGCCGGGGCUUACCCGUUCGCCGGCCCCGAGCACCCAUCGCAUUUUACACAGAACACUACGAAUCUGCCCCGCUCCAUGAACUCGAACCUUCUCGGUUGCAUGCCCAUGCCUUUACAGAUGAACCAACAACAUCUCCUAAAUCAGAACAUAUUGCAUAUGCUACAGCCUUCGACAGCAGAAGGCGACGUGUCUUCAAUGAACAGCACCCUCAACAACCAUCAGCUAUCUCAUCUUCAGUCGUUACUAAAUAACACUCAGAUGUUCCCAUCAAAUCAACAACAACAACAACAGCAGCAGCAGCAGCUUAUUCAGGGGUACCAAAAUAUACAGGCAAUGAAAGGGCAAACCCCUCUUCCUCAGCCAUCUAACAAUCUCAACCCGAUGGCCUGUUUGUUCCAAAACUUCCAGAUGAGAAUGCAAGAGAAUUCAAUGUUGUCAAACAAGGAGAUAAAUGCUCAGAUGGGAAUGUCUUCAUUACCGGAGAAUCCAAACACAACUCUUCCUCCAUUUCCAGAUAAACCCUGUAACAUCCAACAAAGGACUGACCCAUUGCUCGGGCAACAGUUGAAAGGUAAUUUACGAGAUGGCGACAACUCGGUUGAUGCAAUUUAUAAAGCUGUGGUGGACGCUGCAAGCAAAGGCAUGCAAGUUGUGAUCACCACGGCUGUUUCAAGUACAACGCGGAUGAGUCCUAUUCCAGCUCUAAGCGCCAUGAGUGCCUUCACUGCAUCGAUUGGUGACCCGUUAUAUCUCUCUAGCGCCGUCAGUGCAGUAAUUCAUGGGAGGAACAUUGGAAACUCUGACCAUGAAGUCAGAGCCAGGAACCCUAGAGGGAAUCGUAUGAGGAAGAACUUUGAUCACAAGAACAUGAACGAAGGAGAAGGAUUUGAGUAUUUUAAGUCAUCUGGAUGCAAUACGCCUAAAAAGCAGUGGAACGGAGGUCAAAGCCCUGGGGAAGCCAACCGGUGGAAAUGCGAGGAGUUUAUGGACCACACUGGGCAGAUCCACCAUAAUCCUUGUCAACCGAGACCUGGCAACAUGUCCGUAUUACACCCCUACGAAGACGAGCAGUGCCAGAUUUUGAUGCCACCGAGACAUUGUCAGAACGAUAAAACGCUAGAUGAUAAUUUCAGAUUUAACCAUUACAAAAGAACUAUGAUUAGUUUUAAGGAAAGGUUGGAGAACACUGUAGAGAGAUGUGCUCACAUUAAUGGGAAUCGAACUCCGCAUCCAAGAGGGUUUGGAGAUCUGCUAAGCAUUCCUAAACAAGAACUACCUAUAGAGGAGCAAUCUCCGAGCUCUUCAAAUAGUUUGGAAAGCUCUUUAGCAAGAGACUAUGUCCACUACAACGGAGACUUCCAUGCCAAAGGCAUGAAUGGCUGUGCCCCAAGUCCUUCGGACACUAAAAGUAUCAGUAGUGAGGAUGAUCUUCGGAUACCGGACUCGCCUUCUUCAAACGAGUUAAUGCAUUAUAGACCAAGGACGUUUAAUAUGGGGGACUUGGUCUGGGGCCAAAUCAAAGGACUAGCGUCAUGGCCUGGAAAGUUAGUAAGGGAAGAUCUACACAACUCAUAUCAACAAAGUUCAGAGGAAGGAAAGGUGGAGUCUGAGAAGCUAAAGACACUAACCGAAGGUUUGGAGGCUUACAGUCGAGCGCAGAAGAGAAUUAGGAAAAGCGGAACACUAAACAACCAUUUAGAAGCUGCUAUACACGAAGCGAUGAGUGAGCUGGACAAGAUGUCUGGCAAUGUGCACCAGAUCCCACAGAGAGACCGGCAACUGAAGCCUCCAAAGCCCAAGAGGCGAAAGAUAUCUAGAUAACAUUGAAUGUCUUCACUAAUGGUUAAGAACAUGCACAUUUAUCUGUAUAUAGGCAUUGAUAUUAAUAUAUGUAUAUCAAUAUUUCUAUGACGACUGAUAGAUAUCACCACCUGGUGUAUAGUGAAACAGUGGUAAAUAUUUUUGCAUUAGGCCGGUGGGUUUAAACCCAUCGAAGUCUUUGGAGAAAAAAAAACAAAUAAUUAUCAUGUGACUGAAUGACAAUUGUUUUUUUCUUUUUUUUCUUUUCUUUCUAUGAUGCUACAGUUGUGAUUAUAAAAAAAGAGAGAAUAGUCCAAAUGUUUCCGAUUUUACGUUUUCGAUGUGUAUAUAGAAAAUCCAGAGUUUCUUGCUGAUAAGUGAAUUGUAAAUAUUGUACAAUACGGUCGCGUACGAGCUUACUGACUGCACACUUUAUCUUUUACUGUACAAUAAUAGUGUACAAAAAAAAACCACAUUUAUUUGGGUUUCUAUCGAGUACACC